UUCCUCCUUGGAAGAAGUCUGUGAUCACAUGCAUUGAUAGAUAUCACUUAAUAAGCCUGUCAGAGAGCAGUCAAAAAUGCAGCAGCAUCUCAUCCUACCAUUUGUUCUGGCAUCCUUCAUGAAAACCUGUACUGGAACAAAUUGGUGCUACCAGUCCCAGGAGAACUGUACCAGUCCAUGUAAUGGACCAGAGAUGUGGCCCAUCGCUGAUAAAGCGUGUGAUGGCAAAGCCCAAUCCCCUAUCAACAUCGUCCACAGGAAGACUCUAACAGACAAGCGUCUCACGCCCCUCCAGUUUGAAAAUUACCAGAACUCCUUUGAAAGCCUGAUCCAAAACAUUGGACAUUAUGUCCAGGUGACCCUGCCCCACAAUGCCUCUGUGAUUGGUGGAGACCUGGAGAUGCCCUAUAAGGCAGUGCAGUUCCAUCUACACUGGGGCAAUAAAGGAGGACCAGGGUCAGAACACACCAUUGACGGAGAGCAGUACCCCAUGGAGCUGCAUAUUGUUCACAUUAAACAGCAAUACUCAAAUUUAGAAGAUGCGCUGAAAGACCCAUCCGGAGUUGCAGUCCUGGGAUUUUUCUAUGAGGAAUCCCCAAGAGACAACAGGAAAUAUGAUCCCAUUGUUAAGGCCCUCCAGAGCAUUGUGAAACCCGGUACCAACACCUCUCUGGGCGCCGUGUCUCUGGAACAGCUGAUUCCCUCCCAGCAGAACCUGACCAAGUUCUACCGAUACCGGGGCUCCCUCACCACACCCGGCUGCACUGAAUCGGUCAUCUGGACCGUGUUUGAGAACCCCAUUCCUCUCAGUAAAGAACAGCUGGAGGUGUUCUCCAACCUCCAGUUCAAGGACGGCAAGCCCAUGGUGGCUACCUUCCGGCCGGUGCAACCCCUGAACGGACGCAAGGUGUACCGGUCUGGAGGUGCUGUGGUUUUAGCCAGCACCACGCUGCUCGUGGCUUCCAUCGCCAUGGCGAUGGGACUGUCACAGCCCAACUAGAGGCAGGAAGGCGUUCCGAGCCGCACCACGACAUGCAUGAACACAACGACCUCUCAAAAAUAGAAAAACAACGACAAAUCGACAGACAAAUGAACGCUGGACGAAGCACAAAACCCAGACUAAUACGCACCAAGCUCAUAAAAAACAUUCUAGGGACUUCAGAGUUCUCAAAUUUAUAUUCCGAAGUUAAUUAAUGCUACUCAGCUAAUUACUGUAGAGUUCACAAGGUCAGCCUGCGGCCUUGCCUAAUGACAGAGCAGUCAUUGAGUCAUCCUCAGCCUGAGGUUACAAUAGGAAAUGCGAGCAGCCUCUGCCCGGUGCUCAGGUGGCCCGUUGACCGCUCUAGACUCUAAACAUAGACGGCAAUAAAUCUGAGACCUGUUUGACACGUGAUCAUGUGCUUUUGAAUGGAACGUGUGAGUGCUAGGUCGUUGCUAAUUAUAGCCAACGGUCAUAAAUACUCUGAAGUUUAAAACUGCAGAGGGGAGAAUAGAGAGAUUGCCACGGCAUUCACCUUUAAGCGUUGCCAUGUUCACCACCCCCCGUUGCCAUGUCCACCCCCCCCACGUUGCCAUGUCCACGGCCCCCACGAUGCCAUCGCCGCGUCACCAGCCAGGUAGACAUUCGGUUCCCAGGCAUCACUGUCCGGGUGUGAGGACGGCGCCGUUGACCUAAACCCACGGGAAUCACCCAGGGCCCAGGGGGUGAACCGAAGGGCAAAGGCUGACCCAUGAUGAACGCACCACUCAGGGUGUUAAAGUGUUUAGAGGCUGGUCGGUCCCUGGAGGGGGAAGGGGAGGAGGCGAAGGAACAGGUGGGAUGAUGAUGAUGAGGCGGCGAUGGAGUCGUGAGCAUUCUGGUUCCCUCCAGAACCCCCUUGGACAGUAGGUCAUGAGGCGAGUGGCGGGAAGCUGGACGGGGAGCCUGAACGGCGAUGUUUAGCGUUACCCCAUUAAGGGUCUGAUAAACAGAGGCGGUUGUUAGCCCCAGGGAAUUAGCAGCUUAUCAGGUUAGGUCGCCUGAAGAGCUUUUUUAGGAACUCAGUCAGGCUCUUGACUUACUAUUUACUAUAUAAACAAAAUCAUCUCCACCCCAAGGCACUAUGGCUGGAAUCGCUUGAAAUAUAUUAUGAAAUUGAAAUAUUAUUUCUCUGCCAAAUGGGUAGAAUUGCAAAAGGCGUGUGUUUAAACAUCAACCACUUACUCUCGCCCUAUUGCAAAAUGUGUAGAAUUGCAGAAAAUGUUUUUUAUUUUUAUUUCUUCAGCUGUCAAUAAGGCAGGUGAAGGGCACAAAUGUUUGUUGUAGCGUGGCUCAACAUGAAUAGAUGUAUCAGUGCGAUUCAAAUGUUGACAUGACUGUGUUAUGGCCACUUAGUCUGUAUACAGAAUUUUUUUUGAAUUGAUCUACAUGUUCUCUCUUACUCUGUAACACAACUGGGAUAACACAGAGGCUGCACAACUCCCUAAUUACUGAACGUUAAAGUACACUUCUCUGCCAGCUUGGCUAAUUCAAAUGUCUUAGUUUUUUCUUUGAGAACACUUGACUUGUGUUUAUGGCAUGUAUAACAUGGUCCCGGAAGCACUGAAUGUAACCUACUGUGAAUUAUUACUGCAUCCAAAGUGAUGUCUUGUCAUUUAGUUUAUUCAGAGGACACAAGAGAUAUGUACACUUCACUUAUGAAGAGGGCAAGAUAAAUGAACGUGCUGAACUGGGAAUGUCAUAUAUUUUCCAUGGUUUCAUAUUGUUAUUUUUAAUACUUACUGUGCUUUGUCUUACGCAUGUUUAUGAACUGUAUGUGUAUGCUGACAUAAAACGACACGUUGUUGAUGUUAUUUAUGUAUAGCUAGGUAUUUCAAAAUGUAUCUAAACCAACCUGAAAAAGUGAAAAUGAAUGCAUUAUUAUAUUAUUAUAUAUAGCUAGAUUUAGAGACGUUUAUAUAGACUGAACAAAAGUAUAGAUGCAAUGUGUAAAGGUUAUGUAUGGGUCUGGAGCUGAAAUAAAAGAUAAUGCAAUGUGUAAAGGUUAUGUAUGGGUCUGGAGCUGAAAUAAAAGAUAAUGCAUAUUUUCCAUAUGAACAAAGAGUUUAUUUCUCUCAUGUGAAAUCCACAGGUUAGGUCCUAAGGAAUUAUAAAUUAAACUAUUUCCUUACAUGAA